CCACUUCAAAAAACAAUCCCAACACAACACAAUCUCUCACUCACACCGCUGUCUACUCUCUCUCAUACUCUGUUCUUCUGUUUUGGGCAAAAACAUACCAAAAGGAUUGCAGAUAUCUAAUAUUUUUUUUUUGAAAUGGGCAUUUAGGGUUUUAGGAAAUUUAGGGUUUUGGGGGGGUUUUAGGGAAUUUUGGGUUUUGGUAGGAUUUAAGGAUUGAUGGUUUGAGAUAGGGUUAAGAGGUGAUUAUUGGGGUUUUGUGUAGAGAUUUUGGGAAAUGGGGAGUUUUUCUGAAGCAAAUGGGUAUAAUAUUGACUCAGCGGUGGGCGGGUUGGUUUGGAUCCGGCGAAGAAACGGGUCGUGGUGGCCGGGGAGGAUAUUAAGUCCUAACGAGUUACCGGAAAGUUGUUUGCUUUCGCCUAGGAGAUCGGGUGUUCCGGUGCAGCUACUUGGAAAAGAAGAUGCAAGUGUGGAGUGGUAUAAUCUUGAGAAAUCUAAACGUGUAAAACCAUUUCGAUGCGGUGAAUAUGACGAAUGCAUUAAAAAAGCAAAAGCUACUGCAACCAUUUCUUGCAAAAAAGCGGCAAAAUACGCACAUAGGGAAGACGCAAUUCUUCAAGCCCUUGAGCUCGAAAAUUCCCAAUUAUCAAAAAGUCACAAUCACGAGAGCACCUCGCAAACCGAAAAUAACGACUCGAGUGAUUCAGAAGACGAUGGAACAGAAGGAAGUAUGAAACGUAUGCGGGGAUUAGAAGACCUUGGGUUAGGAACGGCAAUUUCGUCAUUUAAGAAAAAGCGGUCCCGAGCGGUAUGCCAUCCGUUGACCAAUGUUUUAAAAAAGACCGAAAUGGUUACCGUUCCUGUUACGUGUGAAGAACUCACGGGUCUAAACGGGCCGAGCUUUUCCGACAACAAAAUGUCUCAUAGCACCGGCAAUGUCGUUAAUAGUGACAGUGAGGCAAAUGAUUGCAAACGGAAAGAGAACGAAAACUCGAGUAAAUCAGAUUUACUUGACAAUGAUCGUUCUUCUGGAAGGCUCUUUGAUGUCCCUUUUAUUCGAGAAGAAAAACAUAGUGCAGGUUCUUCUCCUGGAUUUGUACCUGAAACGGGUCGGGUCGGUGCUGGGCCCGUUGGAACCGUAUCAGUGGAACCUGAUGAAUUUCAAGAAUCGCGUUCGAUCAGUUCAGGUGUGGAAAUCAACCAUAUAAUGGACAAUGGUACUUCAAAUUGGCAGAAUAAAGGGAAAAGAAAUUCAAGAAAUAAAAACAAAACCAAAACCAUGCAGAAAAUUCUGGACCCGGAUGACGAGUUAAGAAAAGUCAACAUGGUUGACUUAAUGGCCUCACAAAGAUCGGUGCCUAUUCGUCAGCCCCGUUCGAAAAAAACUGAUACGGGUAUCCUUUAUGAUGUCAACGUCGAGGUGAAAGCGGGCCAUGGUUCUCAACAUCUUCCGUACGUGUCUCUUAUGAGUAACUUUACGGCCCAAACCGUAACGGGCCAUUCACUUGAAGUCGAGGUUUUGAACGAUACAGUUUCUGAUCUUUCAUUGAAUAAUAGUUCCGAAUGCCUUAGUAGUAGCUGUGAGUUAGGUGGGGUCAACAAGGUCAAUGUGGUCAACGAGGACGUCAACAUGGUCCCAAGACUUUCCAGAAAACCGAGAAAAAAGGGGCUUUUAUCUAACAAGAAGAUCCGAAGGUUAUCAUCAUUAACGAGCUCCAAAAGUGAAACAAGGACGCUUAAGAGGCCUGAUUUAGCUUGUGUUCCGUUGAAGGUUGUUUUUGGUAGGAUAUAUUCGGCAUUGGGUAUUAGUUCUGCUGAUGCAGCGUCCGACCCGUGAAAAUUUCUAUACGGGUCGUGGAUGGGGGCGUUUUGGUAAUUUUAGUGUAACUCAUCUGUUAGGGAUUUUUGAUCAUGUUAGAAAGUUCAAACUUUUAGUUGAACUUUUUGUUCGAGAAUUGCUCAAGUUGUGAGUGAUAGUGUGGAGCCCGGUUUGUUGAAGGUUAAGGUUUUGUACAGGAAUCAUGUAGCCGAAGGUGUAAAGAUUCCAGAGACUUGGGUUAGUCUAGUGGCGGUUUAAACUGACUGUUAAAAAAGUUAUCGGGUUAUUAGGUGCGCGGGUGGUAAUAUUUUGUUAUUUUGGCGUAUCUUUUUGUUCUCGUUUAUGGUUUAUUUUUAAAGAUUGGAAUGGAAUGUUGCGUAUGAACCGGCCAAAUAUACUGGUUUGGUACAAUACGAUUCACCA